AUGUAUAAGGCUCCAAUUCGACACUUCAGUCUCAAUAAAUUUGCGCUCUGGGUUGACCACACCUGGACAGGUGCUGAGCAGAGAGCUCACGAGAUUGGCAAAAACUAUACUUUUAUCAGCCUUUUCUCAAGAAUAGGAAUUCUCAAGAGUCCAAGAUUAAUCAGCUAUCUUUCAGAAAAACUUGACAAACCAACAUUAUCACCAGCUGUAGAAAACUCAAAGGUCACUGACAACUCACUGCUGUUGUUUUACUCUCAAAACGUUGCAAGAUAUGCUUUUGCAUCAAUAUCUCAUAAUUUAUAGCUAAAUUAUUAGAAAAUUAAAUUAAAAAGGCAUAACACUAACUAGUAUUGAGGAUAGUUUGGUAAACACUGAAUACCUUCCAGGAAUGCGCUUGGCCGCUGAAUUGAUCGCUCCUCUAUAUUUAUUGAUUGUUCCUCCUUGGUGGCUACCAAUUAUGUUUUACACUUUUGGGAUGUGGUUUUACCAGCCUCUGGCUGCUUCAUUUGCAAGGUCUGCAGUUGUAAGAAUGGACUUACUACCAGAUUUUGAAGCAAUCCAUGUUCAAAAGGUCGGAGCUUUUGGGUUCACUAGGUCUGAAAUCGUUCCAAUAAAGAACUUGGUGAAAUCCAAGCUGGAGCAUUCGAAAUACGAUUAUUAUCAUAGGUUAAUGGCAGGAUUUGACAGAGAUAUGAUGUUUAAAGAUGCUGAGUCUGGAGAAGAGUAUAAUUUUGAAGUAUCAGGAACAUGGGUUGAUGAGAAUCUUAAACAUCCUCUUAUUAACUAA